AUGGCCCCCCCUUCUCGCCGCAUGUCACAAUCAGCAUCACCGCACGUCAACCUGCACUGUCUUCAAUGCGACAGCCAAAUCGGCAUCUUCGACAAUGAAUGGACCCGCCUCACCAGUUCAUACGUCCGCCCUGUACACCCCGGCACUCACUUUGGGACUGAGGUCGCGACCAACAAAACACAAGUUGUCCCUGAAGGCGUCACCCAACGAUCCCUCGAAGGUUGUUCUCUUGCCGAAGUGUUCUGCACAAAAUGCUCGGCCGCUGUGGGGCAAUAUUGCAAGGCGGCUCCCGCAGCCGCCCAGAGAAAUAUGUUAAACCAAUAUCUAUACAAGUUGUCGAGGACAUACUUGAAGAGCAGCGAGACGAACAAGCGGGUUGAUCCUGUAUUUGGCUAUGCUGGGGACGCUGUCAAAUCAACUCCCAGACCGAAUGCCAUUUUAGGUGCGAGCCUCGCUGCCUCUGCCCGGUACUCGCAUACCCCAUCCACCAGAGACGAGACACCUGCAAAUCUCCGGCCCGUGACAGAAUCGCAAAGGCGAUCUUCCGCACACAUUUCAUUGCAAAACAGCCAGGAGACUACUCCGUCGCGAACGGCAGCAGACACAGAGCCCCAGGACUCAAUCGUACUCCAGCACACAAUACAAGGUGCACAAUUGAAAACGCAGGCUGGGAGAAUGACCGAUCAGGAGGCUAGGACACUGGAGCACGAUACUCAAAUCCGAGCCAUCUCUUCGGUCCUAGAGACGUUUCGUGAGACCCUAGAUGAGAUCAAGACAUCCAUCGAAGAACUCAAGUCUCAAAUCUCGCCGCCCCGUCUCGAUAAGCCUACACAAAUCGACUUCGCUGGCGGCAUCCACACAACGAUCAUGACACUGAAAUCGGCUCAGGCGAACGCGCAAGAGCUGGAAGAACUUCGUGCUGAAAAUGCCGCCCUUAGAGCCAAGUGGGAUAUCGUGCAAUCAGCCAUGCUUAGCGCCACUGGACAACCAACCCCGAGCUCAUCAUUUGAAGUACCACGCAGCUCCAGUUUAGGUAAACGCAAACGCGACAGUGACAUCCCAAGAUCAAGGUCGAUGGUGCCAUCAGUUGCAGCGAUACAAACCCGGUCUUCUUAUUUAGAGGCCGUUUCGUCUUCUACGCAGAUGCCGACUCCACAGUCAAGUAACCACUCCGACAGGCAAUCUGCCGACGAUGCCACUAGCUCGAGAAUAUCGACGCCAGAGCAAGGUCUAGGCAGCUUAAACUCUCACAAUAUCCCCAACCACGGUGAUCAAUAUAUGACUCAAAAUAACGAUUCCUCCGAAUCGUCUUCCUUGCGCCGAAGCCUAAGAAACUGUCUGCCACCGGAUCAUGACCAACAUACAGACACGGCUAGCUCAGCUGUGCGCCCGAAUUCUCUUGGAACGCCCGAGGUAGAUACGCAAGCAACUAGCAUGGCCUUGAACGUGCAUGAAACUCAACAGCAGCCUAUGACCGGGCUUGUCGAGGACUCGUUACAGUCGUCGUCUCAAGGAGAUGAAUCUCAAGAAUCAAUGCUUGUUGGGACUGUUCCUGGAUCUCAGAACGACGAAGCUCAGCCACAAGAAAUCAAGGAAGCUGCUGGCCGAGAAGACAAUGGUCGACUGCUUGACAGCAAUGAGGAGCUUCCAAUGGACGUUGAUCCUCUGGAGACCUCCGAAAUCCAGUCCUCGAUUGGGAAAACCGUUGAGGCUGGCGAUGACAAUCAGAGCCGUUCUUCCACUUCUCUUGAUGUUGACGGAGAUGGUACAACGAGUUUGGACACGGAACCUUUUAGUGAAGCCUCUUAUGUGGAUGACGCCUCUGAUCAUUCUGUACCCGCCAGACGAACUCGCAGCAAAAAGAAGGUGAAAUCAACGCGAAGCAAGACCGAUUGCAUCAUCGACAGCCGAAGCGUUGCCCCUGAGCCAGCAGCAGUACGUCGUGUUCUUCCUCGCCGAAUUGUUGCGAACCAACAGCCACGUUUUGAACACUCAACGCCGGAAUCGAUCGAGCAGGAGUUAAAAGAGCUGGAUGGUCCUAAAAGACCUCGACAACCUAAGCCUCACAUUCAUACGACUACAAAGAUCCUUAAUAAAGAGCUCAAAGAGCUCGGCCUGGAGGAUUGGAUCGAAAGAGACAAAGACGAUCCCGAGUACAAACGAGUCGUGGAAGAGGCGAGGGAGCGGAAACGAGAACAGAUGAGAUUGGCUGCAUUGGCGAAAAGUGGAAUCAAUCUUCCAGGAGCCGAUGAACGAACAGAGUCAGCCCCAACUCUAGAAGAUGCAUUUCACCAAGCCGCUGAUGCUCUAGGCGUCGUCAACUACGAAGAGAAUGGUGGAAAACCGUUUAGAGUGGUAAGCGCAUCUCAGGCAGCAGCUAAACGGGCCCUCGGGACCGGAGAGCGCAGGAAGAGACGUGAACAACGAGAAGAAGAAAUCCGCCGAAGAGACAUGCUAGCGAAACAGGCAAUGGAUAUGAAUGAGUAG